UUUCGCAGUCUUUCUUUCUGUCUGUGUUUCGCUUUUCCAGCUGAUUUCUAAUAUGAUCCCGGCGCAGAAUCAUCAGGUCAUCCCGAUGGUUGCAAUUGCGUUUCUCAGCCACUGGUCCAGAAUGGUUCCAUAUUUCAUUUCGGACCACAUUACAGUAUAUCCGGAGGGCUCCAUGGGCCUACGUACGGCAACAGUAACAGUACACUACGUCAGCCUCGUAGACUUGUUGGUUGGAGCCAGUGCCAGUGUGACAAGCACGCCUUCCGGCUUCCUAACGACGACCAGUUCGAUGACUACCGUGACGUUGUCCUUUACUACUGUACUACGAGAAAGCUAAAAGCUAGAUUCCAGCCUUGAAGUCACUACAACCUAUCACAGUGUCCAUCGUCCGGUCGGAGUCGGAGCUUGAUGUGUCCUGUCCUCUGCCAGUGCUUCUCCUCUCCUCUCAUCCGGAGAGGACUUUGAAAUCCGACUCCUGCUUGUCCUAGAGGCACACUGACCAGAUCCCUUCCCCCCUGCUCAAAGGAGAGGUACUGGUUGGUCAGUACAGUAUAUAUAUCUCCCCGAUGAUCCCCCUAGAGCAGAGUGUCGCUACAGUGUGCUGUACUAUUACAAAGAUUAGUCCUGCUUACUUAUCUACACUAACUCCCGAACCGAGUGAGUAGUGGGUACUAACAUUCAGUUCACGAUACCUACACCUACCUAGGUGUACAUAUACAUAUACCUGCCUACCCAUAGGUUGUGGAUUUACCUUUCACAAUCUUCAUCUUCAUCCUCGUUGCUCAACACACAAGUCGUCAAGGCGGAAAUCGAUCGAUCAGCUGCUGUAUCUAUCCACAGUACAAGGCACUGCAUUUAUUGUGCAAACGAACUUGGAUCCUACGAGCGGGGUUCCAGCGACGAGACUUGACUUUCCAACAGGAGGGAGUCAAUAGCCAAAAUCGCCUAGUUGUGGCGAUCACAUCACAUCAGAUCACCGUUUCGUUUCCAAACGACACGACCCGACGUCGGCGGAUAAGAGUGCCCUGGGCUUUUAUCACGCCUUGCCUUACUAUACCGGCCUCAUCCGCCUCAUCCUCAUCAGAUAUCGCCCAUUGGCAUCGCACAUCCUGAGCUUGGUCCAAAUAUAGGUCCUUGAUCCCAAAAGACUCUAGUUUCAUAUCGCGAACGGCAUCGGUAGUAUUCGAAAUCAUAUUCGACAUUUUCCGACACGACUACACAUUCACACACUCCACACCUCGACGAAACGGACAGGUUCAUUACCUCAUUUCGAGCAGUCGCUGCCAUCGGCAUACAACAGAUACAGAUACCGAGCUUCCGGGCCUAGGUUUGGCGCAACAGUAUCCAAGUCCCAUCACUACUCAAACGAGAGCAACAACAACAACAUCUACGCAAUCACAAUCCAAUCUCAACGAACACCAAACCAGUACCAACAAGACCAAAAACAGCAAAACCAAAAGCAAAAUGGUCUCCUACUCCGACGUCCUAAUAAGCAACAACUCCCUCUCAUCCGCCGGCGGCGGCGGCCCCGGCCCCGUGGCCGUCGUAGUCGGCGCGACCAACGGAAUCGGCCUGACAACCGUGGUCGCACUUCUCAAACACACAUCCAGCCCAACUAUCUAUCUCGUCGGCCGCAACGAGACGCGCCUACAAACCCUGAUUUCCAAAACAUUCCAACCGCUCAACAGCUCCGCGACACUGAUCCCGAUCGUCGCAGGCGACUUGACGCUCGUGCGCAACGCAGCACGGGCAGCAGACGAAAUAGUCCGAGACGCAACCACCCGUCAAAGCAUCUCUGGCUCUGCCUCUGAGGCUUCGCCCAAAAUCGACCUCCUGAUCCUCACGGCAGGCUACCUCGCCCUGACCAGCAAACCCGACUGGUCACCCGAAGGACUUGAGCGCUUAAUGGCAAUCCGAUUCCACUCCCGCGCGCAAAUCAUAUUGACUUUGUUGCCGUUGUUACGUCGCGCCCCAAGUCCCCGUGUCGUCAGCGUAUUGGGAGCUGGCGAAGAAGGUGCUUUGGUCCUAGACGAUUUGGGCAUGACACAGCCAAACACAUAUGGUCCGCUCUACGCCAUGGGCGCAGCGGGGAGUAUGACGACGUUGUUUUUGGAGAAGUUGGGAUCACUGCCGGAAAACAACAAGGUUGUUUUCAUCCAUACUUUCCCCGGUAUGGUUCCGGAUACGGCGCUGCAGGUUCAGAAUUCCUUUUUCUUGUAUAAUUGGAUUUAUAGCCUGAUUAAGAAACUCAGUGGGUGGGUUAUGAAGACACAUUCGGCGGAAGAGGCGGGGGAGAGGACUUUGUUUGUGGCCACGAGUGGGAGGUUUAGGAGGGUUGAAAAUGGAAAUGGAAAUCAAGGAGGAGUUGGAGUUGCUGGGACGGAUGUUCAACAGGGAAGUAAUGGUGUUGUCGGAUUCGGUGUUUAUAUUGUCGGUGAGGAUUCGGAUGCGAUUCCUGAUGGGGGCAAUGAUGAACUCAAGAAGUUGAGAGAGAAGCGUGGGGCGGAUCGGGUUUGGGAGUAUACGGUUAAAGAGCUGGAGAGGAUAAAUAAGUCUAGCACUUGAAACGAAAAACCAAAAAGAGGAUGGGCCGGGGAAGGGAUGAGAUCAGGAUGCAACAGAUAGGGUAAUAGGGUUUGGAGAGGACGAGAAGAAGGAGGAACACUACAUGAGGUCAAGGAUAAUUAGUGUCGCGAUACCUAAUGGAACAAAAUGUCACGGUUAGAAUAGAUUUUCUGUGUUCUGUUGGUACUUGACUUACAAGGGUGGCUUUUGUUCAUGAUUUUGACAGAUGAUACUGACUCAAAAUGAAUCAUGUCCUGAUUCUGUCUACAAUAAUGUACACGGCAAAUAUGUAUCGUGGGAUAGUAUAUCGCAGCCUCGCAAGGGGAAUGUAAAGCAAAGCAGUGCAAGGAUUGUAUUAUAAGACGAC